UAAGGAGGUAGGACUUCCUAAUUCCUAUCGAUACAUCAGAUGUCAUACGAUUGUGGAUGAAGAGAAAAAUGGGAGAAAGGAGAAACGAGAAAACGAAGAGGACAAAAGCAGAAUUGCCAUCCAUUAAACCCAAGGCCAAUCUUCAGGUCACUCGUCUCAAAGGAAACGAGCUCUUUACUGUGCAAAAUUACUUGACUUCCGCUGAAACGAGAGCAUUCAUUGAAGCAGCAGAGUCGAUUGGGUUUGUUCACCAAGGGAGCCUUGGCCCAAGAAAUGGUGAAGCCUAUAGAGAUAAUGAUCGUAUCUCUGUGAAUGAUCCCAAUCUUGCUGAUGCAUUAUGGGAAUCAGGACUUAACAAGCUCUUUUCUGACAUUAAGAUUCGUGGCAAAGUUGCUGUGAGAUUAAACCCAAACAUUAGGUUUUACAGGUAUAAGAUGGGCCAACGUUUUGGACGGCAUAUUGAUGAAAGCGUUGAUCUUGGUGAAGGUCAAGUUACACACUAUACGUUGUUAGUAUAUCUAAGUGGGGGAGGUUUCAAUUCCAAAACUAAGGUUGAUAGGAAUGCUCUAGAUUCUCUGACAGAGCCCCUUGUUGGAGGAGAAACUGUAUUUUAUGGUCCCAGAAAUUCUUUGGUGGCUGAGGUUCCUCCUUCUGAAGGAAUGGCUCUCUUUCACAUUCAUGGGGAGAAAUGUAUGCUGCAUGAAGCACGGAAUGUCACUAAGGGUGUGAAAUAUGUUCUGCGGUCGGAUGUCGUAUUUGCUUGAUCUUAUGUAAGCAUUCUCUAGUUUAUCUUUCUACUUUGUAUUCCAAUUUCUGUCUUGGAUAUUCCGCCCAAAUUAUUUUUCCAUGAAGUACUGUUUUUUAUGGUUUUGAGACUUCAUUUAAAAAUAUCAUGAUGAAGUGUGUGUCUAAAAUUUCUCUCACCCAAACAUAUUUGCAGGUAGUCAUGGGCUCAUGGCUGAAGUAGAACUUCUUUCUUGAAAACUCAAUGAGCAAUUUUUUAUGAACAUGUUUGCAAAUUAGUAAAUUGGAUAGCAGAUAGUGAAGACACACUCAUAUAGCUUUAUAUGUUCAAAGGGUGGUUUAGGCUUUCAGACCUCAGGAUUCUAUUAUUAAAAUAUUAGGAGAUUUCCCAAUAUUAGGAGUAAAUGAAGUUUGAAAUUCCAAAAUAUGACUACUUUGUUUUUAUUCCCGAAAUGGGACUAACAUGACAGUAUUUACUGUCAUCUUGUAGCCAUGACUGCCAAAUAAUUGCAGUACAGUGCAUUUAACAUGACAAUAUUCAUUAUAAUUAAUGACAGCAUUUUUCAAUGAUGGCAGUAUUUUUCAUACAUGACAGUUUUAACUCCUAUUUCGGGAAGAAAAACAUACUAGUCCUAUUUUUGGAAUUCCAAGUGUCAUUUGCUCCUAUUUUGGGUAAUUUCCCUAAAAUAUUUAGUUCAAGGUGUAGCAAUUUGGGCUUUUACCUGUGUUGCAAUUUGUUGGGCAUCAAUAAUUAAAUAGGCUUUAGAAGAGAAAGAUUGAAGGGAGAAAGUUAUUGUUGCAGAUUUUAUAUUUUAAAAUCUGCACAAAACGGUUCAACCCGGACAAUCGGACCGGACCAGACCAGAAAAACUUGAAUCAAACCCACCCGAAUGAUAUCUGGUCCGGUUUCCGGUUUUUAAAUAUUGUAAAUCCGGUUUCCAGUCCAAUUCCGGUUAAAAACAGGAUUCUUCCGGUUUGAAUCGGAUUAAACCGGUUUUGCUAUUUUUUAAUAUAUUAGUUAAUAGUCAUAAUACUACGUAUAAAAUAGUUAUAGAAAAAAAACAGUAAUAAAAUAUAAAUUGUAAUCUUUUCAAUAUGUAGUGUAUACUGGCUUAAUGUUUUUUUUUUCUUUUUUUUUGAGAAAAAUAAAUUCAGAUAGCAUUAAUAUAAUCAUUGUCUAAUACAUGAAAAAUAAAAUAAGGAGGAUCCGUCAACCAACACUGACAAAUAGACAUAGAACACGCAGCCUUAGUAAGAGCAUGAGCCACGUUGUUCGCUCAUCGUCUCACAUGGGAAAAUGGUAUACUUGUGAAAGAUGUCCAAGUCUCGAAUAUCUUCAGCUAUCAACCCCGCCGACGAGCAACCUAACCCUUUCAAAAUUUCUGAAAUCGCCCUAGAUGCAUUAGACUCCACGUCAACAGAAUCCGAUCUAUGUUCUUUUAACCAGUUAAAUGCCUCUCUUAUUCCAACAAGCUCCGCUUCAAAUGGGGAAAGAUCCCCCUCCAAGGUAAGGCCUCCACUCAUGAAGCCUAGGUGCCCUUUCGGGUUUUUGUCUCAGCAACACACAUUUUUCUUGUUAUUCUUACAAACUCACUCUGAUUUUUGCUUUCAUUUUUGCUUAAGUUGUCAUUUUGCGUUUUCAACCUAACAAGCUUUUUUUUUGUGUUUUUAAAAUUAAAACCAAGAAUAAAGAGCAUGAAUGUGAGCAUACAUGCUCUCAUAGCUCUCGCGGCGUAGAGUACAAUAAUUUAGGGAACCAGGUUGAUCUGUUAUGCGACAUGUAUCUAAAAUUAUUGCCAAAACGAGUGAGCGUACGGUCCCUUAAUCGUUACUAAUCUCCUAGAGAACGAUUAAGUGUGUGUGAAGGUGUUCUAGAAUAAAUUAGAUCUCUCUUAAUUUAUUCUAUAAGCAAUUAUAAACCUAGCUGCAAUUCUAGGUCACAAAAGAUAUUAAUUAAAUCAUUCAAACACAAAUUCAAUAACACUCAUGCAGUUAUUCCAACAUGAAUUUAGCCAUACAUCAUGAUUCACCCCCUCAUCAAUCCAAAAUUCCUAAUUAAAACUGCUCACAAUUUAUAAUUGAAUUAACAAUAGAAUUGAGAUGAACAGAACUAAUUGUCAUCAAUUAAAAAGUAGGAACUUACAAAUAUACCUAGUGUCUUGAAGAAUAAAGCGUAAAAACAAUGAAAUUUCGUCCCUGGUUAAAGUUAAUGACAAAAUUAAUCACAAAAUCCUCCAGGUUAUGGUAGCAUACACUAAUAAACUAGCUACCGAUCAGAAGAACUUGUGGAGGUAGUGAAUGAUAAAUAGUCCCUUUCUUCGAGAGAUUGGAAUAAUCUGACAAUGACUCAAUGUAUUCAAGAAUUUCGGGGCUAUUCUUAUGAUCAAGGAGUUCAGCAAGACACUAACUAGGAAUUAUCAUCUAAACAUAUGCAAGGAGCAGUUAUGGUGUACAACUAAGCUAAACCAGCGCCACACAUUGGUGCUUUGACGUAUACUUGAAGUAUGCGAAGGACUAAUGCUAAAUUUGCAAAAGCCUCCGAGUUCAAUUUUUCUUAGUUUAGCUUUCCUUGUCAUGUUGGCAUGAGAACGCCAUUUCUUUCGAAAGAUCCUCGAGUCUCAUAUUAUUGUGUAAAACACUUACGCUUUUUGACCGGGUCUCCCAUUCUGUUUUUCGCAAGGUAAGAAGUCUAGCUAUUUCAAUUAAUGUUUUCAUUUUUUCCAGAUUUUUACUAGACAUUACCUCAUUCUAAUCUCGGUCUCACUAUGGAAAAUUAGCAAUUAAAGUUCAUUUGAACAAGGGUGAAUCCAUGCCUACAAUGCAAUCCUUUAAAAUAUCAAAUUCCUAAAAAGUGACUGCUCUUACCCCACUUGGGGCAUAGGAACCGUGCCAAAAUUGGUUCCUACCAAAACUCCCUAAACUUAACAAAUUCCUAAACACCAAGACUUUAUCAGAAUCAUUCACGGGAAAGAAACAGGUCAUUUGGCGAUGGAGCUCAAUUAAUGAGUCAAGAAUAAAACGGUCAGGCUCAAAGUGGCUUAUUCUAAAGGACUUAUUCAGGUGGGAUGGGAAAAAAAUAUGAAUUUAAUAACGAGCAACUAAUGUCUUCAUCCUGUCAACAACUAGAUUAAAAUUGCAAGCAAUUUAAGCCUAGAAACCUCAAGGAAAAUUCAAAAGCAAAGUAAAGACUCUAGCCAGCUCACAAAGACACAGUUUAAAGAAAAAUUUUGCAAAAAAUUUGACAUGUCUUUCCUAUGAAUAUACAACUAUCACCUGCGCAUGCUAACAAAAUUAAUCUCGUGAAAAAGGUUCAAAUAGGCCCUCGAACUUAUAUAAAAAGGUCAAAUAAGUCCUUAUAUAGGAGGUUUUGUCCAGCCGUCGCCAUUUGGGAUAGUUUCUGGUGAAAUUUUUUGAUAAGUUUUUUGAGCAUCUUAUUCAUUAAGUCUAGUUUACUCAUACCAAAUUCCAGCUAAAACUUCAAUCGUUAAGGCAUUCAAAUGAAUUCUUGAAGAUAACUGCGCAGUUAAAAGCGCAGUUAUCUUCAAUAAUUCAUUUGAAUGCUUUUCGGAUUGAAUUGUUAGCUGAAAUUUGGUAUGCGUAAAUUAGACUUAAUGAAUAAGAUGCUCAAAAAAUUUCAUCAAAAAAAUCCAUCAGGAAUUGCCCCAAAUGGCGACGACCGGACAGAGCCUCCUAUAUAAGGGCUUAUUUGAUCUUUUUAUAUAAGUUCGAGGGCCUAUUUGAUCCUUUUUUUCUAAAUCUCAUGUAUCAAUUACUGCCCAAAUGCCCAAUUCACUCCCUCACACUUAAACUUUGGCAUCACCCUCGAUGGCCAAACAUGCACUAUGCACAAGGGGGAAAAGUGGAAGGGUCACACAUGCUCAACUCCACUCAAGUCAACAUGUUCAAACAUGUGAAAGGAAAAAAAUCAUGGAAACUUCCCUAGGGCUGUUGGUCGGUGCGGAACUAAACUGAGUCAUUGUUAACCGUGGCGGAUCAUCACAAUCAACAAUUUGAGCUGCAAAACAGAGUAUACACAAACAAACAAAAUCCAGAGUGAAAGUAUAUAGUAUAGUCAUCCAACAAAAUGAAAAGAGAUACAGUGGCUAACGAAGGACAACUAAUCUUGCUAAUCUACAGCUCUGAUGGAGGUGGGGGCUGGUGCCCAGCAAGGAAUGCACUCCAGCUAGACUCAAGAGAGGAAACACGCUCAUCUAGCUGGGUGAAGUACGUCUGCUGGUCCUCUCUCAUUUGUCUCUGAAACUCCAGCUGGUCAUGCCUCAUCUGGUCGUAGUGGUCCUGCUGCUAUUGCCACGCACGCUGCUCCUGCUGCCACACUUGCUGCUCCUUAGAUAAUCUGUGCUAAAUAUCCUGCUGGUGCCUUUGAAUGCCCUCCCAAGAGUGUGGGUAAGUAUAUCCAUAGGAAGGAGGAACAUAAGAGGUUCCGGGACCAGCGUCGUGGUCCAUGUGAUGCUCGUCGUCAUCGU